GCCUGGGUCCCUCCCAGUGGGGGACGCCUGGGCCCUCCGGGUGGCAGCGGGGUCCCCCGGACGCCUGGGUCCCUGGGUAGCAGAGGGGGGGUCACCCGGACGCCUGGGCCCCUGGAUGCGUGGGGCCCCCCCGGGACGCCUGGGUCCCCCGCGUGACUGCAGGGUCCCCCGGACGCCUGGGCCCCCUGGACGCUUGAGUCCCCGGACGCCUGGGCCCCUCGGCCGCCUGGGCCCCCAGUGACAGCGGGGCCGCCCGGACGCCUGGGCCCCGGCGCGGCGGCGGGCGCGGGCGCCGUUUCCAUCCGGGCCCCAAACGCUGCGACACCGGCGCGGGCCGCGGGGCGACGCCGGACGGAGGCGGCCGCCGCUCCAGGCCCCGCCGCGCCCAUGGCGCCGCCGCCCGGCCGCCGCCGCCGCCGCCUGCGCUGAGCCGCCCCCGGGGCCGCGGCAGCAGCGGCGGCGCCGCCGGAGCCUCCCCGCGGCCCAGCGCGGCCCGGACGCCGCGGCCCCCCCCUCCCGCCGCCGCCGCCGCCGCCGCCGCCGCCGCCGCCGCCGCCGCCGCCGCCGCCGCCAUGCGCCGCGCCGCCCGCCCGCGCCCAUGAGGGGCCGGAGGUGGGAGCCGGGGCGCGGAGCCGCCCGCAGCAGCGCCGAGGCCUCGGGCCGCCCCCCGGAUCCGCCGCCGCCCCCCGCCGCCGCCUCCGCGGAGCCCCCCGCCGCCUCGCCGCGGCCCCCCGAGCGCGGCAGCGGCAGCCCCGAGGCGGCGGCGGCCGGGGCGGGGGGCGGCCGCUACCUGCUCAUCGACAGCCAGGGGCUGCCCUACACGGUGCUGGUGGCGGAGCCGGGCGGCCCCGGGGCGCUGCGGCGGCUCUUCGGCUGCGCCGUCUGCGGCCGCUCCUUCGAGUACCUCUCCUACCUGCAGCGCCACAGCAUCACCCACUCGGAGCACAAGCCCCACGUGUGCCGCGCCUGCGGCAAGGCCUUCAAGCGCACCUCGCACCUGGAGCGGCACAAGUACACGCACGCCGGCCGCAAGCCCCACGCCUGCCCGCUCUGCCCCCGCCGCUUCCGCGACUCGGGCGAGCUGGCGCACCACCAGCGCGUGCACACGGGCGAGCGCCCCUUCCAGUGCGCCCACUGCCACCUGCGCUUCGGCGAGCGCAACACGCUGCAGCGGCACGUGCGCCGCAAGCACCUGCCCCGGGCCCCCGCGCCCUGAGCGGCCGCGGCCGCGGGCACGGGGGGACGGCGGCCCCGGGGCUCGGGCACGGAGCGGUGGCGACGUUGGGUCAAGAAACGUGGAGCGAUGGUGGCCGCAAGGCUCGUGCGUGGAGCAAAGGCAUCGUUGGGUCAAGAAACGUGGAGAGACGGUGGCCAUGGGUCUUGUGCGUCAUUGGGUCAAGAAACGCGGAGGGACGGUGGCCCUGGGGCUCGUGCAUGGAGCGAUGGCGUCAUUGGGUCAAGAACCGUGGCGGGACGGUGGCCCUGGGUCUUGUGCAAGGAGCAAUGGUGUCGUAGGGUCAAGAAACACGGAGGGACGUUGGCCACAAGGCUCGUGCAUGGAGCGAUGGGGCUGUUGGGUCAAGAGACAUGGAGGGACGGUGGCCCCGGGGCUCGUGCAUGGAGCAGUGGCAUCGCUGGGGCCAGGGACACGGAGACAUGGUGGCCACAGGCUUGGGGACAUGGACCGCGGUGGCCCCAGGUCUCACGCACGGACUGACGGCGUCGCUGGGCCGGGGAACGCGGCGGGAUGGUGGCCGUGGGGCUCGUGCGUGGGGUGACGGCACCGACGGGACCAGGGACGCGGGGGGACGGUGGCCCCGGGGCUCCUGCACGGAGUGACAGGGACCAGCGGGGACGUGGACACGCGGUGGCCCCGGGGCUCGCGCGUGGAGCGGUGGCACGUCGGGGCCGGGGACGUGGAGGGGCGGUGGCACCGUGUCCCCCCGUCCCAUGUCCCCCCCCGGGAACCAGCCCUCGUGCGAGGGACCCCGACCCCCCACGGGACUCACCCCCCCCCCAGACCCCCCCAAAUUUGUUUUUUUUAAUUAUUAUUAAAACACUCUGUUUUGUUUUU